AUGACACAACCGUGGCGAGUCGGCUUAUUCGGAUGUUUCGAAGACAUUCCGACAUGUUUACUUGGCUGGUGUUGUUCGUGUUAUUUAUUCGGUCAAAAUGCUGAACAGAUUGAUGGGUCAGGUGUAAUACCGAUGUGCGUUCAAUAUGCAUGUUUAUCAGCCUGUGGUUUAUGUUGUUUGCUUCAUAAACCGCGGCGACAAACACUUCGAGCAGCUUACAACCUCGCCGAAGAUCCAAGUGAUCUUCUUGCUACUUGGUGCUGUAGUGGCUGCGCUAAUUGUCAAGAAGCACGCGAAAUGCAAGCGCGAGGAGUUCAACGUGGUGCCCGUAUUCCAAUUACAAGUCAGCCAAAUUAA